AUGACCGCCGCGCUCCACCAACCAUCACCACCACGCUCACAAGCUUCUUCUAGACGCACGAACUGCGGCAAACCAAAGUACCGCUUCGGCUACGGAAAACACACAAUCACUCUCACGACGCCCUGCUUCCAGCAUCAUUGCAACACUUGCGCUUCCCGACAACCCGCCAUCGGCGUCUACGACGCGUCCAGCGACAACGACGACGACAACAACAGCAGCAGCAGCGCCAUCGACGGAACCUCGCCGCACACCACGCCAGCCACCGCCGAGCACUUCACCGCAAGCAAACUCUAUCGCCGCAAAGAGGAUUCACGCCGCGCCGUCGACGAAAAGCUCCGCAAAAUCAGUUUGCUCCACGUGCACAACGCUCCCGCAGUCAAGUUGAGGAAGACCAGAAGCGGACGCGUCGUAAAGAACAGGAACACGAAGGUCAAGAACACGAUGUUGUCGUCGCCGCCGCCGCAGAGACAGAAACAGGACGAGAUGGAGAUGGCCAACACUAGCAGGGAGCUCUUGAUGGACUUGGAUAAAGGCAAGCUGAGCGAGAAGCAGAAGUUGGUGGUUGUGCUGAAGUUCAGCGAUCAGCUCAAGAGGUUCGCCGAGAUGUCGAAAGACUUUGAGAAGAAGAAGAAGGCGCCGAUGCCGAUGGAAGGCCAGAAGCUGUUCCUCAUUGUUGGAAAGGGCGAUACGUUGAGGUGUGAGUGGAGGUAG